UUUCCUUAUUAAUGAAUAACGGUCCUAGCUUCGCUAGAUGUUGUGGACCAGAGUGAAUGUUAGUCGUCUUCUGGCUGUCCGUGAGUAAACUAACCUUCUGUGCGCAGAGAUUUUGGGAAUGCGCCUUUAAGGGCAUCCCAUAAGGAGCAGCGGGCGACCGUCGGUGCGCAGACACUCCGUCUAUUACGGUACCGAGCUGUUAACGCCGCACGGACGCGCCACUCACCGUCACCACCGCCGGCGUGCACCGACUGAGUAAAAGUCAAGAUGGCGACCGAGGGUCAGGCUGAGUACGAGUCGGUCCUCUGUGUCAAACCUGAAGUCUGUGUCUACCGAAUCCCCCCGAGAGCCUCCAACCGGGCCAUCAGGGCUGCAGAUUGGAAGCUGGACGCUCCCGACUGGACGGGUCGCAUGCGUGUGACGGCCCGGGGGAAAACAGCCUUCGUGAAAUUGGAAGACAAAAUCUCUGGGGAGCUGUUUGCCCAAGCACCAGUGGACGAGUACCCUAGCAUCACAGUGGAAACAGUGAGUGACUCAAGCCGUUACUUUGUGCUCCGCAUCCAGGAUGACAACGGCCGCAGUGCGUUCAUAGGCAUCGGGUUUGGAGACCGAGGCGAUGCCUUCGACUUCAAUGUUGCUCUUCAGGACCACUUCAAGUGGGUGAAACAGGAAGAGGAGUUUAAGAAGCAGGCGCAGGAGCCAGACACCACCCCAAAACUGGACCUGGGAUUCAAAGAAGGACAGACUAUCACUCUCAAUAUAGGGCAAUCAAAAAAGAAGGACAGGUCUCGCCCGCAGAGUACAGGUGGAUUUGGGCUUCUGCCACCUCCUCCUGGGGGCAAGAUAGCCCCGCCUCCUUCAGCCAGAUCUACCAAUCAUGACACACAGCCAUCUGCAGGAGGAAGUGACGCUGGUUCUUUGCUUGAUCUGGACGCCAGUAACUCAAACUCGGACUCCACCACGACAGCCAGCUCUGACCUGUGGGGAGACUUUGACUCCGUUUCCCCGAAGUGAGAAGGGGUGCACGUUGUUCUCCUCCCUCUUGCGGCGCUCGCUGUAAAAGUAUGCAGCACCUUUUGCAUUUGUCUUCCCCGUCACGGGGUUCCUCUCCCUGCCAAGCAGGGUACCGCCCCGCACUCGUUGGUUCUAUUUGAGUUCUCUUGGCUUUUGGUCUUCGCCAGAGAUCCACCCAGACCUCACGGUCCCGUCUUAAUUUAGGCCAUCACGCCCUCCACCCCCAUGAGGGUCCUGGUCCCUCUCCUUCUGUAUCUCCUCUCUCUUGUUUCCAUUUUCCUCGUUUGAAUUUGGCUUUUGCCCAUUUUCCAUUUUCGGUUUUAUUUGCUUCUAUAUUAUAUAUUAACUAGAAACACGAGCAAGGGAGACAUACUUUGAAACAUCUGAUGAUGAUGAUGAAGAAGACAUCUAAUUAAAUAGGAUAAUGAAUUAAUUUUCUGUACAGAAAAAUAUUUAUUUUCAAUGUAUAUAUUGUCAGUAGUUUGUAAUUAUUGUCAUUGGUGUUGUCACCUGUGUUUUCUGUAGCUUAGCUUUCCUCUAAGUCCCCAGCAGUGGGGCUGACUUUGCACUGACUGGCAGUCUUUCUGUCUGGAGUUGGUAACCCAUGAAGUCUUGUUUAACACUCGCAUUGUUUAAAUAGACUUGCACUGCUGUUCGAAGGUUUAGAGUCACCUAUUCUAUGCUGUUCUUCUUUCCUUCAAUAAUGACUCUUUUAAAAGGGAUAAAAAGAAUAUGAUUCAGACAUAACAUCUUCUUUAACUGUUGUUCAGAUUGAUCUUUGUCUCUUUCUGCCCUUUCAGUUGUCGGUCUUGUUGAAUAAUUGUACCAACAAUAAUAGCUUUUUUUGCAAACUUUCAAACUAUUUGUAAAGAGGACUUGCUCCAACUUAACAUCAUGGCAUAAACUGUGACAAAGCAAACUUAUUUUGGCAGGUGAUCUCAAACUUUUGGACAGCAGUGUAGGCUCAAAGUUUACCACACAAGGAUUUUACUUGAAAGAAACUGAUUUACAGAUAAGUUGUGCUCUCUAGUGGCUCUACAGCAUCAUUAUGACAUAUGUCACAUCGAGCUGCAGCUAUUGAACACAUAUUUCACUGGGGGCUGGGUCCUUGGCAAUGUGUGCAAUGUUGUAACUGUAGAGCGGUGCAAAAAAGACCAGGAAAUAGGAAUGUUUGAUGCGAUAGGGUGUUGGCGAAAGAAAUCGAGACUUCAAGCACUUUUAUCUUUGUCUCAAAGAGAAACAGAGAGGGUUUAGUCCUUGUUAAGUCGUCUCUACUCAGCCCAGCUGUUCAAGCGGCGACUGGUGAGUCAUUUAGGUCACGACCUCUCUCCUCCUCAAUGAAUAGGUCUGUGUGUUUGCACUGUCCCGCAUGUCAUCUCCUUAAUUCUUUAUGAGAAGGCGGUCUGGUCGCGGACCUCAAACGCAGCAUCGUGUGCAAACUGAGUUUUAACUGUGAACUUUGAUUCCAUGCCGACGUGUAACGUAGUUAAAGGUAUUCUGAUGCAGACGAAUGCAACCUGGGACCAAGCUAGUCUGUGUUUGAUGCAGUGUUGUGAUAUAGUCCUAUACAGAGGGAUGGAUUAUGGUGCACUGAUGUCACAUGUGGUGAUGAUGGAUAUUGAUUGGAACACACAUAGAUUGUGUGAGUGUAAAGAUCUGAACAAUGUUUGCCAGUGUUUGUUUACUGUUUAAAUUAUAUGCAUCUCUCCCAAAUGUGACUUGUUAUUCAAACUGUAUAUGUGUAUGUAUGUAUAUGCAAAGGAAAACAUAAAGAUAUCACUCAGUGACCAUCACUUUAAUUUGUUUCUUCUCCUGAAUGAACAGAGUGGAAAAAUAACAAAUCAAUAAACAAAUAACUAAUGAAAA